UGGAAUGUCAGUAGCGAAAUUUACGGAAAGGCUGAUGCAAUAUUGCUGCAGUGGGUAGUUUCGGUCGCCCAAGAAAUAAAUUAAACGUGCGCAAAGACUGUUGAAAACGUAUUGAAAGUACCACAAUUGUGAGAGCAAAUCAUGGCGGAAGAUGAUGCGAUCUUUGACCCUUCCUUGAUGAAGAAAAAGAAAAAGAAGAAGACUCCGUUCGAUCUGGAUGCCAUGGCCGGAGGAACGGAAGAACCGACAGAAGCAGAAUCGGUGGCACCAAGCGAGUCAAAACCGCUGGCGGAAGGAGAGGACGAUUUGGAUCUGGAGAACUUCAAUAAGAAAAAGAAGAAGAAAAAGAAGCCGUUCAAUUUGGACGAGCUGGAAGGGGCUCUGCCGCCAGGUACCGGCGAGGGUGAUGCGGAUGCGAAGGAGAACAAGGAAGAGGGCGAAGUGGGCGCAGACGAUGGGCUGGACGAGGACUUUAAGCUAGAUUUUAGCAUGAAAAAGAAGAAAAAGAAGAAGAAGGAUCUAACGGAACUAAUGGAGCAGGAGCAGGUUGACGGACAAGACCCACAGGACGACGAGAAGGAAAAUGAUUUUACAUGCCUUACCGAGAACGAUGGGAUCGUCACUGAAACUGUGGAUGAAAAUGUUACUUCCUGGGCUGGAUCGGAUCGCGAUUAUACGUACGACGAGCUGUUGAAUCGCGUGUUCGAGAUCAUCCUCGACAAGAACCCGGAGAUGGCAGGCGGUAGGAAGCCGAAGUUUGUGAUGCGUCCUCCACAGGUGCUGCGCGUCGGCACGAAGAAGACCUCGUUUGCGAACUUUACCGAAAUCUGCAAAACGCUUCAUCGGCUACAGAAGCACGUGCUCGACUUCCUGCUGGCGGAAUUGGGUACGAGCGGAUCGGUCGACGGUAACAAUCAGCUCAUCAUUAAGGGUCGCUUCCAGCCAAAACAGAUCGAAAACGUGCUGCGAAGAUACAUCAAGGAGUACGUCACCUGUCACACCUGCCGCUCGCCGGACACGAUUCUCCAGAAAGAUACCCGCCUGUUCUUCUUGCAGUGUGAAUCCUGCGGUUCGCGCUGUUCCGUCGCUAGUAUUAAGUCUGGUUUCCAGGCCGUCACCAGUAAACGUGCCGCCAUGCGUGCUAAGACAGCUUAGAUUGGAUGCCAGGAGGUUGAUAACCAAUGUGACAUUUUUCUGUACCCUCAAAUCCGUUGGUGUUUAUGUCACGAGGGUAAAGUGAGUUCAUUCAUCUCUUGCGUUCCUGGCUCCCUUUACUCAGUUGCUUUCCUUUUCCCUUUCCUGUUUUUUGCAAAUUUGUUUAGCAUAUUUCGUCCAUCGGUAGUGGAUCGAUAUUUCCCCAAGGUUGCAAUGCACCGAUGAGUCGGUCUGUCGAAUGGUCGCUCCCCUUCCUUAAAUCAGUUUGAUUGGUGUGAUGCGUGCUAUCUCGUUCACAUAUUGCAGUGUGUCAUGUUUUUUCCGCGAUUUAUGAGUUAGAAACAAUGCAAAGAAAAGUAAGACAGAGAGAUGAACUAUUCCAUACGAACGAACCAAUCAAGCCUCUUGUACUUCUCAAGGAAAAUAAAUGCUAACUAACAUUUGCAACAGAAAA